CUCUCUCUCUCUCUCUCUCUCUCUCUCUGGAAGCAACUCGAUAAUGAAUUGCCAGAUGAACUCCUCCAUGGGGUUUACAGCUGAAUCGGCAAUGGAGGUGGUGGAAUAUUCUUGUGUGCCACCUGGUUUCAGAUUCCACCCCACGGAGGCAGAGCUCGUCGGAUACUAUCUUGCAAGAAAGGUGGCCUGCCAGAAGAUCGAUCCGGACGUCAUUCGGGAUGUCGAUCUCUAUCGAAUGGAGCCAUGGGAUCUCCAAGAUCGGUGCAAGUAUGGCCAUGAAGAGCAAACCGAAUGGUACUUCUUCAGCUUCAAGGACAGGAAGUACCCCAGCGGAACUCGCACCAACAGAGCCACCGCUGCCGGAUUCUGGAAAGCAACGGGGCGCGACAAGCCCGUUCUCUCCAGCUCUCGAAUCAUAGGGAUGAGGAAGACUCUGGUGUUCUACGAGGGACGAGCCCCGAACGGGAGGAAGACCGAUUGGAUCAUGCAUGAGUACCGUCUUCAGACGAGUCAACACGGACCGCCUCAGGAAGAAGGAUGGGUCGUCUGUAGAGCGUUCCAAAAGCCAAGCCCUAGUCCGAGGCCAUGCUACACCAUCGAUGGACCUCGCUCUCCGGUGAACUUUUCCAGGCCUGCCUUCCUCAUGGAUUCUUACGUGAGGGGCAUAGAACAUGCGUUUGACAUUCCACAGAUGGACAGUCCAAGCUUAUCCACGAAGGAAUGGACGGUCCAACAUGGUGACGAGCACGGUGCUAACAAGAGAAGAAGCAACUGUGACGGCCAGCUGAUAGAUUGGAAGGUUUUGGACAAGUUGCUCUCAUCGCAGAUCAACGAGUCAACUUCUUCCGACAUGGCGAUCGCAGAUUAUGAUGCGGGCGCUGGUCAAAGUCAAGCAGAACAUUUUCUUUCGUUCUUUGAUAGCUCAUGAUGCUGAGAUGGUACACGAGCUCUUUAACGAUCAUUAACUCUUUCUUCUACUAUGCAAUCAAUCCCGGGGUGAUAGGAAAGUAGUGAGCAGGUGCUGAUCUCUGAGUCUGAUGUAAUAGGUUUAGUGUUCGUAUAUCUUGUAAGUGUUGCAUCGACCUCUGAAAGCUGUAUAACUAUGUCUUCUCUUU